AUGGUUCAGAACGUGAUUCUGGUCUUUUUCCGCAGGCGCCUGAGCCAAAGACCAGCUGUGGAGGAACUGGAAAGAAGGAAUAUCCUAAAACAGAGAAAUGACCAGACAGAGCAAGAAGAACGAAGGGAAAUCAAGCAGAGGCUGACAAGAAAGCUCAAUCAAAGGCCAACAGUAGACGAACUGCGAGAGAGAAAAAUCCUGAUACGAUUUAGUGAUUAUGUGGAGGUGGCAAAAGCCCAGGAUUACGAUAGAAGAGCAGACAAGCCAUGGACCAGAUUAUCUGCAGCAGACAAGGCUGCCAUUCGAAAAGAACUAAAUGAAUAUAAAAGCAAUGAGAUGGAAGUACAUGCUUCAAGCAAACAUUUGACCAGGUAUCACAGACCGUAA